AUCUACCAUUUCAUUCAUAAACUGGUUAAAUUCAUUAACAAAUUGUUCACAUGAUGAACUCAGAAGAAAGCUCUCCAUACUCAGCAGGCCAAGUGGACUCUCUGUGGAUGAUAAAUUAGAUGGACCUUUGUUGCAGAUCUUAUUUAUGAACCAUGUAGUUUCAAAGCAAUAUCAUCAAGAAGUUGAAGAUUUCGUAACAAGUUUAGUUCAAAAGUAUGAAGAGAGCCAGAAAUCUAAUUCCGAGAAAACAUCUUUUAACAUCAAGCCUCAGCCAUCUAGUAUUUUGUUGGAAGAAAGCGGGUGUUCUAAUGGGAGUACAAUUAAGAAAAUAAAAGAUGCCUUCAGUGUUGUUGGAAAUGUUCUGUAUUUCACUCAUUUCUGCCUGGAUAAGCUUGGACAGCCGUUAUUAAAUGAAAACCCGCAGCUGACAGAUGGAUGGGAAAUUCCAAAAUACCAGCAAGUUUUUACACAGAUUGUGUCUCUAGAUGGGCAAGAAAUACAAGUAAAGGCAAAAAGACCAAAACCAUGCUGCUUCAAUUGUGGUUCAGAGGAACAUCAGAUGAAAGACUGCCAAAAACCACGAAAUCAAGCACACAUUAACAUGAAGAGAAAGGAGUUUAUGGAUGCAUGCGGAGAAGCAGGUAACCAGAAUUACCAGCAGAGGUACCACGCUGAAGAAGUAGAAGAGAGGUUUAACAAGUUUAAACCUGGACUUAUUAGCGAGGAACUUCGAGAAGCCCUUGGCAUGUCUGACAGUUGCCUGCCCCCAUUUAUAUAUCGAAUGCGCCAUUUAGGUUAUCCUCCUGGGUGGCUGAAAGAAUCUGAACUAGAGAAUUCAGGGCUCUCCCUUUACGAUGGAAAAGAAUCGAGUGAUGGAGAUUUAGAAGAAGGAGAGAUGCACUCAAACGUGAAACAUGUCUCCUAUGAUGUCUCUAAAUUAGUUAGUUAUCCUGGGUUUAAUACGUUGGUCCCCGAUUGGAUGACAGAUGAUUGGAGAAGCUAUGGCUCGAUUCCUAUGCAAGCAAACCAUCAGAGAGAAGCUUUUGCUAGUUAUCUUACAAAUAAUUAUCCUACACACAGCCCAAAUACCAGCAUAAAGAGAUCUGCUUCUCCAUCAGCUUCCUUCAAUAGAAAAAAACAGAAGAGUUCUGGGAACCAGAGAGAAUCACCAGUUGAUAUGGAUAUGGAGUCAGAUAUGGAUACUGUUUUGAGCUCUCCUUCCUCUGGAAGCUUUAAAUUUCAACCACCUCUUCCUCCUGGAUCCCCACUGUAUGGUACUCCACCACCAUUGCCACGUGGAACUCCUCCAUCUACUCCUACCAACUUUAUUCCUCCACCUCCUCCAACUCCAACUCCUCCACCACUUCCUAAAGGCACCCCUCCACCGACCCCCAAAAGAGGAUCCCCAAUGCCUCACGGCAAGGAUAGUUUAAAUGUACAACCACAGGUGGUAGAUUCGAUGGAUGAAGAUGCGUUGACCCUGGAAGAGUUGGAAGAGCAACAACGUUUAAUAUGGGCUGCUCUCGAGAAUGCAGAAAGCACAAACAGUGAUUCAGAUGCUCCCACACCUUUAACUGUGACUUCUGUCACCUCAUCUCCAAGUAGGACUGAUGUAGAUAAUGUGACAGAGACGAAGCCUGCAAUUCACAAUCCAGGUAGUAUAUCAAAUAAUUCUGAUGCUUUCCUAGAUGCAAUUGCAACAGAACCUGAUGAUGAUACCUCUGUUUUACCUGAAGAUGAUGAUAUAUCUGUUUUACCUGAAGAAGAUGAGCUGUUAAAAGAUAACCAUGUUGACUGUACAGUAGUAGAGGGCAAUGGAUCAGCUAUAAAUGCUGCAGAGGAGAAAACUGAAGUUAAUGCAGAUGCCCCAGAAGAGAGUGCUUGUGAGGUUCCCUCUGUCACUAAUUCAGGCAAACCAGAUAUGAGUAAAUUUGCUGCUGGCAUCACACCAUUUGAAUAUGACAAUAUGUCUGAAUCAACUGGCACAUACCUGCGGCUUCGAAAUGUUCUGAAGAAUUCACCAAGAAACCAACAAAAAGGCAAACCUCUUUAGUUAUGCAGCUUCUUAUUGGGACUGUGGGGUUGUAGUAUUUUUUUUUUUUUUUACCUAUAUUCAGCCAUUGCCAUCUAGAUUUCAUUUUUUUUUUCUUUUCUUAAUUUGUUUUACCUCCUCUGUGAGUUAGGCAAUAAUGUAUCAGCACGUUCUGUUGCUGAUUCAAACAAGGGAGAUUAGUUCCCCUCCUAAUAUCAACGUGAUUUUAUUUAACUGGAGUUGGCAACAAUACAUAGUAAGUGCAAAAUAUGUUGGUAAAUCUCUUUAAUUCAUCUUUUCCGCGUACCCUUGGUUAAAUUUUGCAGUUUUUAAGUUUUAUAAAAAUCAGUCUGGUAGAUUUAAGUAGGGUGGAAAUUUUUUUACUGGUCUUUUUGUAAAUUUAUUUUGCAUUGUUUAUUUUUGGAUAAGGGCCACCAAUUGGUUUAAUAUAUUCAAUGUUUUUAACACUGAGACUUUUAUUCUAAUUUCCAACUGUCAAAAGCUUAUCAGGAAUUCAGUGUUAUCUUCACUGUUCUAGAUAUUUUUAUACAUGAUUUAAGUGGUUCUUCAGUUUUUAAUGCCACUUCCACCCUUUUCUAAGAUCACUUCACAUAAACUUGCUGUACAGAAUUUGUUUCCCCAUAUGUACAGAUGUUUAAUAAAUGAAGUUUCUUAUGAA